AUGGCGUCGCUGAGGCUUGGCCACCGGCCCGGCAUCGAUCGCCUGCUGAAUCAAUUUCAUCCACCAAAUCUUCACGUCAGUGUGAACGGCUUCUCCUUCGCCCCCAAAGAACAUCUGGACAUGGUGGCUGCGAUCCCUCUCGAUCGGCUACAGCUCGAGACUGAUGCUCCUUGGGGAUACAUCAAUCCGAAUGGAGACUUGGCUAAGAAAUAUCCCAGUCCUGUGCCGCUUCCGCCAAGCAAGAAGAAGGACAAGUUCGAAUUGGGCCUGAUGGUGAAGGAGAGGAAUGAGAGCUGUGCAAUUGGACAGGUAGCGAGCAUCGUAGCUGGCUUGAAAGGUAUCACGGUUGAAGAGGUGGUCGAGGCUGCUUGGAGGCACAGCACCGAGAUGUUCAAUCUGCAUAGCUCGAACACACAGGCUGAUGCUGGCCAGUCGAAGUCUUGA